AUGGCCGCCUUGCACCUGCUCGCGCCUCCCGCCACCAUCGUCCCUGGCGCUCUCUCCGCGCGCUUGCGCUCCGCCGAUCUUCCCCAUAUGCGCGCCACUGCCCUCUUUCCUCUAUCCCGCCCCUCCGCUCUCGCCCCCUUGGGCGUUUGCCGUCGAGCGCCACAGCCCGUGCGCGCAGCGUCAGCGGAUCUCCCCGCACCAACUCCGCCGAGCAGCGCUCCCGCCCUGAGCGAUCGCCGCUCGCUGCUACUCGGCGCGCUCGCCGCAGCUUCCGCCGCAAGUCUCGGCGCGGCCGGCGCGUCGCAGGCGGCGGAGUGCGAACUGCAGGAGACGCCGUCGGGGCUGCAGUUCUGCGACCAGGUGGAGGGCACGGGGGACGCCGCCAGCGCUGGCACGCGCAUCCAGGCGCACUACGCAGGGCGGCUGCUGUCAGGCGUGGAGUUUGACAGCAGCUACAACCGCGGGCGCCCGCUGGUGUUCCGCGUGGGCGUGGGGCAGGUCAUCCGAGGGUGGGACCUGGGCAUUCUGGGAGGGCCAGGCAUCCCGCCCAUGAAAGCAGGGGGCAAGCGCACGCUGCGCAUCCCAGCGGACCUCGCCUAUGGUAGCAGAGGGGCAGGCUGCAGGGGAGGCGUGUGUCGCAUCCCCCCGGGGUCGGACCUCAUAUUCGACGUGGAGUACCUGGGCACUGCAUAG